CUCGGUGCCGGUUGCCUGGUGAUGGGGAAGCGGUGCUGGGCCUGCGGAAGGCGCUGCUCCAGGACAUUGCCAGGAAUUCGAGUCUUCCCGCAGCCCCCGAGCGGCACGGAGCAGCCAUGGAGCGGUACCUGGUCAUCAGGAUUGUGGGCAAAGGCAGCUACGGGGAGGUGCAGCUGGUCAGGCACGGCAGCGAAGGGAAACAGUAUGUUGUGAAGAAGUUGAAUCUAAGAAAUGUUUCCAGUCGUGAGCGCAAGGCAGCAGAACAAGAAGCCCAGCUUUUAUCCCAAUUGCGACAUCCCAACAUUGUUACUUACAGAGAGUCAUGGGAAGGAGAUGAUGGACUUCUGUACAUUGUGAUGGGUUACUGUGAAGGUGGAGAUUUGUACCACAAACUGAAGGAACAGAAGGGCAAAUUGCUUCCAGAAAGCCAGAUCGUGGAGUGGUUUGUCCAGAUUGCUAUGGCUUUACAGUAUUUACAUGAAAAACAUAUCCUACACAGAGAUCUCAAAACUCAAAACAUCUUCCUAACAAAAACAAAUAUCAUUAAAGUUGGAGACCUGGGCAUAGCCAGAGUGUUGGAGAGCCAGCAUGAUAUGGCCAGUACUUUGAUUGGGACACCUUAUUACAUGAGUCCUGAACUUUUCUGUAAUAAACCAUACAAUCAUAAGUCUGACAUUUGGGCCCUUGGCUGCUGUGUAUUUGAAAUGGCAACCUUGAAACAUGCCUUUAAUGCCAAGGAUAUGAACUCCUUAGUUUUCAAGAUUAUUGAAGGAAAGCUUCCACCUAUACCAAUGGAAUACAGUGAACAGCUGGGAGUGCUGAUACAUAGCAUGUUGAGCAAAAAGCCUGAGGAACGACCAGAUGUCAAAGCUGUUCUCAGGAAGUCGUACAUCAAGAGUCAUAUCGCUUUGUUCCUGGAAGCCACAAAAGUGAGAGCUAUGAAAACACGUAAGAAAACCUCUUUAGAAUCUAAACCCAUUAAUUCCUCUACUGUGACAUUGAAGCGCAAUUCACAAUGUGAAUCUGACGUCCCUUUGGACAUGGAUCCCACCAAGAAAUAUAUCAAGGAAGAAAAAACAGUUUUGAAAAGCAAGCCAUAUGAUAAGACUUGUGACCAUCAAGAAAAAGAAAAAUAUUCAGAUAUUUCUCACCAGACUUUGAACAGUACUGCAAACUCGGUAGCUUCAAUAAGCAAAUUGGAUAUUAAUAUUGUGCAUGGAAGUGAAGGAAAGAACACUAAUUCUGAUGGUACAGUUGUGGCUGAACCUUUAUCCAAUUUAAAAGGCUGCCUUAAUGAAGGAGCCAAAAUACCUGUCGGCUGUGCUCAGGCUGAUUAUACUGAACUACAUAAUGGUGUAAUGCUGAAAGAAAAAUCUGAUAACCAAACCUUAUCUGAAUUCUCUGAUGGAAAGAAUGACACUAUUGAACUGAUUCAGCCUGCCUUACGGGAAGAACAGUCAUCUGAGAUGCAGGAGAUUUUUGACUCGACAGAAAAAUUGCUGCAACCAUUUGUGCCAGUUAGAGUAACAGAUGACCCUUCAGAGAAGGUCACAAAACAAUCUCUAAGGGAUCCAGUGCCUUACCUGCCACAUUGUUCUUCAUCUGAGCCCUCAAUCUCACGACAGUGUAGACAGAAGAACAAUGAACUAGCAAAGAAGACUGAAAAGGUGAAAGCAUCAGCUCCUAGACAAUUACCUGCUCUACCACAUGAUGAGCCUAAUGUUUACAUAAAGAAACUGCAGAAUAAUCCCGAUAAAAUUGUUACAUCAGUGGCCAACUCAAAGAGUAAUGAAAUUGGAGCCUCACAGGAUCGUCCAUUAUCUGCCAGAGAACGAAGGAGAUUAAAACAAUCUAAGGAAAAUUUCCCUCAUUCAGUUUCCACUUCAAGAAGGAGUUCACAUUGUGGAGCUUUAGAAGCAAACUCUUACACAGAGAACCAAAUGGUGAAAGUCAGCCAAUCCUUAUCAGAUAUCACCACCUAUCAUGGAAAGGUCAUGAGUGAGUCAUCCCCUCACCUUUCAGAUGAUGAUGAAUAUUGCUCUUCAACCAGCUCAACUGAUAAAUCAGAGGGGGAUUGCAAAGAAGUUAAAUCUGAUUCCAAUGAAAUGCAUGAUCUGGUAAAAUUGAUGACGCAGACAUUAAGCAUGGAUUCAAAAGAUAUGUAUAGAGAAAAUCUAAUGCCUGCUCCAAAACCAGAAUUCCGAUUACAGCGGAGGUAUAGAGAUACCCUGAUUCUUCACGGGAAAGCUAAGGAAGAUCUGGAGGAUUUUUGCUUCAAUGAUUUUCCAACUGAAGUUUUAUCUGUACCAGAGAAGAUCAAAAGAACAAUUCAGGCUCUAAGAACUGAUGUUGUAAAAGGACUAGGAGUAAAACUUUUGGAAAAAGUAUAUAACAUUAUGGAAGAUGCUGAUGAAAAGAGGAGAGAGGAAUGCCUGCAGGAGCACAUGGGUGAAGAAUUAUAUCAGAAUUACAGUAUGAAGGUCCAACAACUAAAGUUCUUUGAAGAUCAUUCAAACUUUUGACUCCAUGGUAUUGAAAAUUACUUAAUUGUUCGAUUUAAAAAGUGCCUUUUUAUGAGCAUUGGUCAGUUGCAAUAUGUGUCCAUCACACCUGGAAAACUCAGUUGUCUAAAUGCAAGCAGACUUGACUUGGAUUUUUUUUAAACUUUUGCACCAUGCAAUGGACAACAUAGAAACGAGACAAAGGAUCAUGAAGCAUUGGACUCCAUGUUCACCUAGCCAUGUUGUUUUCGGUUUGUGAAUUAAAAUGGCUUUUGUAUCAUAUCUUCACAUCAACUUACUGUGUUGUGAAAUACUGGAUGAUCAGUUGAAUAUGUACUACAGUUUUGUUGAAAUACAGUUGAUGUUUUCUCUCAGAGUUAUUUUGCAUAUAGAUAAGUACUGUCCAUCACAGAAUUUACUACAGGUAUGUCAGCAACAUGCUUAAAUGAUCCAAAUAUGUUGUAAAAUGCUAAGUUCACUCAUAGGUCAAUUUGAAAUCUUUGCAGUUAGUUAAUUCAUAACCACAAAUUGUUUGUUUUUACAAUUUGCCCAAACACCACAGGAUAUACUUUAAGAGAACAUUUUACAAGAAACUCCAUAGGAGCAGUCCUAGUUUUUCGGCGGUUAUCCGCUGAGUGGCAAGUUACCUGGUUUUUUUGUCCUAUACUUUUCCAACUUUCUCUCUAAGUUUCUGCUGCAAAACCGUUUCAGCUGACCGUUACCUCUCAGUUGUCAGUACUUGGUAGAUUUAGAAAAUGAACAGCCAAAAUGUCCUAAAAUAAAAUACACAUUCAUUUUCAUAAUUAACUGCCAAUUCUAGAUUACGUUCUUUUUCUAGUCCAGAGGGCCAAAGUCACUUUAGUGCUUUUUGACACCAUCCAACUGAGAUGAAGUAUCUAUCAUUGACUAGAUUAAAUCUUGUACACUUCUUAUCCAUAUUGUUCCAGGUGGCCAAGUGGUACUUGGAUUAGUAAUGCACAGGUCCAGGUUAAUGCGCUGAGGACAUUCAAAUCUCACAGCAGCACCUGGUGGAACUUAAUUAAUGAACCUAAAAUAUAAUGCUUCUUAUUAGUGGUGAGCAUGAAACCUACCUGGUUUACUAAUGCUUUUUAAGGAACUGAAUCUGCUGUCCUUACCUAAUCUAGACUAAGUAUGACCCUGGAUCUAGCACAAUGAGAUUAAAUCUUUAAUAGCGUCUGAAAGGGCCUAGUAAGCCAUUUAGUUCAUGGGUAAUUAGAACCUGAGACCAAAUGCUGACCUGAACAGUAACACCCACAUUCGACAAAAGAAUAAAAAUGCCAUGCUAAACAAUAUAUUUUCACAAUCUACAAGUUAGCAUUCUAACAAGAGUAUAAUUUUAAGUUCUAUGCACAAACAAAAGCAGAAUAUCUUGUGUGUCUGAAAAAGUUGAUCAUCUGAAUAAAUGUAAAUUAUACUCUACAGGUUCAAGAAUUUAGAAAAAAAUGAUGUGUGCAGAAAAAGAAGGCAUGAGAAUAUAAAUAUGCAUUUCAGUGCAAAUAUUAGCCAAAUCAGACUUGUACUUGCAAUGAGGAGGGAAACAAGUCAGAGUCAUAGAGUCACAGAGCUGUACAGCAUGGAAACAGAAGUGAGUAGAAGUUCAUAAGCAUUUUCCAUAUGCAGGAUUUACUUGGUGUAAGGAUUUGUUCUAUUCUUUCAUCCAUUGGCUUGUACUUGAAGUAAUUUCCCACAAUAAUAGUUUCACCUCUAACCAGACCAAUAUUAUACCUAGAAAGAUCAUGUGAUCUGUGUACAUUCUGCAUUGAAGCACAGCUUUCAAAC